CAUUAUCCACACUUCCCUUAAUUAGUAACUUUCACAAAAACAGCUUAAUUCAGGAAUGGCUCUCACUUCUUCGUCUUCUUCUUCUGCCAUUACUGCUCUGCUAAAACCUCAUCUGCAACUUUCAAAUGAGCCCAUCAUUUCUUUUUCUCCUUCCUUUUUCACCUUAUCAUCAAAACCACUUCUUUCAUCAUCCAAACCCAAUGUGAAAAUCAACUUUUUUUCAUCACAAACUGCUGUUUCCCUCAAAUGGAGGACUGAAGCUUCAAUCUUUUCUGGGCUUUUCACCAAAAGCAAAGACAUUAAAACCCUAAAAGAUGAGCUUUUUGAUGCUAUAGCACCUCUUGAUCGUGGAGCUGAAGCCGCCCCUGAGGAUCAACAACGUGUGGAUCAGAUAGCACUUGAACUCGAAGCUUUAAAUGAGAUAAAAGAGCCACUCAAAUCCAACUUGUUGAAUGGAAAAUGGGAACUUUUAUACACAACAUCUCAGUCACUUUUGCAAACAAAGAGGCCAAAGUUAUUGAGACCCAAUGGAAAAAUAUACCAGGCAAUCAACGUGGAUACUCUCAGAGCUCAAAAUAUGGAAACUUGGCCUUUCUUUAAUCAAGCCACUGCUAAUUUAGUUCCUAUAAAUGCAAGAAGGAUAGCUGUUAAAUUCGACUAUUUCAGAAUCGCUGGUCUGAUACCGAUUAAGUCACCUGGAAGCGGCCGUGGUCAGUUGGAGAUUACAUAUUUGGAUGAAGAGUUACGAAUAUCAAGAGGUAACAGAGAGAACUUGUUCAUUUUGAAAAUGGUUGAUCCAUCCUAUCGAGUCCCUCUCUAGCUGUUAUACAUAUGUACGUACGUAUACACGUGUAUAUAUAUUAGUUUUAUUCCCAUGCGGUGCACAGAUUUUUUGUGUUUUAUAUUUAAAAUAUAUUAAAUUAAUACAUACUUUUUUCAA